UCCUACCAAGAUCUCGCGGGGUCACGUGACGCCGCAUUAGCUCGCUGCUGACUCUGCUAUGUUCGCGCCAACGUUUUAGAAAUGCCUAAUUUCUCGAUUUCCUCGGUGCGUCUCGUCGGCGGGACGCGGCGCGUCCGUCCGGAGACCCGUUUUCAUCGACGCCCGGCGAGAACUUUGACUGCGAAAACGGGCCCGCGCGUCACGUGACCAGCAUGCGGCUGGAGCGAUUGAUAAAAAAAGAUGGCGUGAGCUCAGCGGAGCGAACAGGACAACAAACCGCCGAACCGGAGCGGCGAGAGUGGCUGCUGGACUGUCAAAUGGAUCCUGGUCAGGAUUUACUUCUCGCUGCCCUGAGUGAGAGUGGAAUUUGUCCAAAUGAUUUUGGCCUGUUUGAUGUUGAUUCUCAGGACACUGCACAGCCCUCUACAGCCCAGCAAUCCAUCUCUAUCAGUGCCCUGGAUGUCGGCGGGGGGGCAGAGUCGGUGGAAGUUGUACGAAGUGAGCCUCCAGCUCCAGUCCCUAUAGUUACUAUCAGGCACAAACCUCAGCCAUCGACCACCACGUUUGUCUUAAAUCAGCUGAAUCAGUUGCCGUCACUUGGAAGUAAUGCGACCAAACAAUGUGUUGCAAACCCCAUCAAACACACCAUAACGGUCACCAAAGUGGUCCAUGUGACUAACUCGGCCCUGCGAGGAUGUUCGAGCCCCUCCAUCACAACUACUCCUUCGUCAGCGUCCACGUUAGUGCCUUCUAACCGAGAGCAGCAGAUUCAGUUGAAAGACCUCCUUCGCUCCGGCAAUGUGAAGAGCGCGGGUCUGAAGGGCAACAGCCUGAUGGAGCUCAUGAGGCUAAAGCCUCCACCCAACAUUGCUCCACCAGUAGCAACGGCAACAGCCACAGGUGAAGUGAACAAUGGGAUCAAGAAGGAAGUUUUUGGUAAAGAUGCUGCCAGGAUCUGGAUUAAUGAUGACAUCAAAAUGCAACCCUUCCCGCACUCUCUGAAAAUCCCCGGGAUGAAAGAGGAGGAUGAGCCUGAGGAGGAAGAGGAGGACGAACUGGGCCACGCAGAGACGUAUGCAGAGUACAUGCCAAUGAAAUUGAAGAUCGGCCAGCGGCAUCCCGAUCCCGUGGUGGAGACCAGCUCGCUGUCCAGUGUCAACCCUCCAGACGUGUGGUACAGACUGUCCAUCUCGGAGGAAGUCAUCGAUCGAGGCUGCCUGUCGGCUCUGCAGCUGGAGGCAAUAACGUACGCGGCUCAGCAACAUGAGACAUUCCUCCCCAGCGGUGAUCGGGCCGCUUAUUUAAUCGGGGACGGUGCCGGUGUGGGGAAAGGUCGGACCAUUGCAGGGGUCAUCUACGAGAACUACCUUUUAGGCAGGAAGAGAUCUCUCUGGUUUAGUGUUUCUAACGACUUGAAGUACGACGCUGAGAGGGAUCUAAGGGACAUCGGAGCCAAAAACAUCCAGGUUCACUCGCUGAACAAGUUCAAAUACGGGAAGAUUUCCUCAAAACACAACGGGAGCGUGAAGAAAGGUGUGAUAUUCGCCACCUACUCUUCUUUGAUCGGAGAGAGCCAAUCAGGAGGCAAGUACAAGACCAGAUUCCAGCAGCUUCUCCACUGGUGCGGCGAGGACUUCGACGGAGUCAUUGUGUAUGACGAGUGUCACAAAGCCAAAAACGUGUGUCCAAUCGGAUCGUCCAAACCGACCAAAACCGGGCUUGCGGUGUUGGAACUGCAGAACAAGCUCCCCAAGGCUCGGGUCGUGUAUGCCAGCGCUACAGGUGCCUCUGAACCGCGGAAUAUGGCCUACAUGAACCGCCUGGGCAUCUGGGGCCAUAAAACGCCCUUCAGAGAGUUUGGCAACUUUAUCCAAGCUGUUGAGCGCAGAGGCGUUGGCGCCAUGGAGAUAGUAGCCAUGGACAUGAAGCUCAGGGGGAUGUACAUUGCCAGGCAGUUGAGUUUUACUGGUGUGACGUUUAAGAUUGAGGAAGUUCCCCUGACUCAGCAGUACAUCAACAUGUACAACAAGUCUGUGAGGCUGUGGGUGAGUGCCCGGGAGCGGUUCCAGCAGGCGGCGAACCUGAUGGACGCCGAGCAGCGCAUGAAGAAGUCCAUGUGGGGCCAGUUCUGGUCCGCUCACCAGCGGUUCUUCAAAUACCUCUGCAUCGCCUCCAAGGUCCGCCGAGUGGUGCAGCUGGCCAGAGAGGAGGUCCAAAACGGGAAGUGUGUGGUCAUCGGUCUUCAGUCCACUGGAGAAGCCAGAACGCUGGAGGCCUUGGAGGAAGGAGGAGGAGAACUCAACGACUUUGUGUCCACUGCAAAAGGUGUGCUGCAGUCCCUCAUUGAGAAGCACUUUCCAGCUCCUGACAGACAGAAGCUUUACAGCCUGCUCGGCAUCGACCUCCCGACCAAGAAGGCUCCUGCUGAGCCGCCGUCUCAGCAGGAACAGAAGGGAAAGAAGAGGAAAGGUCCAGAGGUGAAGAAGCAGAAGAAGAAACCCCGCAAGCACGGCGGCCUGUCGGGCACCAGCUCGGACGAGAGCCAAUCAGAGGACUCGGACAGAGAGUCUGUGAAGGACAGCGACGAGAGCGUAAAGUCGCUCAGCUCGGGGGACGAGGACGACGACUUCAACCCGUUCAGAGACGAGUCCGACGACGACGAGGAAGACGAUCCGUGGCUCUUCAGAAAGGAACCGAAGAAAGGGAAAGAGAAGAAGAAGAAAAAGAGGAAGAGGAGCGUUGAUCCCGACUCCAUUCAAAGUGCCUUGUUAGCCUCGGGGCUGGGCUCCACCAGGCCUGCUUUCACCGCCCCCGUUAUGCCCCCCAGCACCCCCACCGCAGUCAAGGCAGAGAGUCAGCUCAGCUGUCUGACGAGCCAGGACGCCGUGGAACACGCCCAGAUGAUGAAGAAAGAGCUGCUGGAGAAACUGGAAGAUCUGGCUGAGGAUCUUCCUCCCAACACUCUGGACGAGCUGAUCGACGAGCUGGGAGGCCCCGAAAACGUAGCUGAGAUGACGGGUCGCAAAGGUCGCGUGGUCAGCAACGACGACGGCAGCAUCACGUACGAGUCCCGCUCCGAGCUGGACGUCCCGGUGGAGAUCCUCAACCUCACAGAGAAGCAGAGGUUCAUGGAUGGAGAGAAGAACAUCGCCAUCAUCUCGGAAGCUGCCAGCUCGGGUAUUUCCCUGCAGGCGGAUCGCCGGGUGAAGAACCAGCGGCGGAGGGUCCACAUGACACUGGAGCUCCCGUGGAGCGCCGACAGAGCGAUCCAGCAGUUCGGGAGAACUCACCGGUCGAACCAGGUCACGGCGCCGGAGUACGUCUUCCUCAUAUCGGAGCUGGCAGGAGAGCAGAGAUUUGCAUCCAUUGUUGCCAAAAGACUAGAAAGCCUGGGGGCUCUCACACACGGAGACAGAAGAGCGACGGAAACUCGAGAUCUCAGCCGGUUCAAUUUUGACAACAAAUACGGAAGAAACGCUCUGGAGAUCGUGAUGAAGUCCAUCGUGAAGCUGGAUUCCCCCCUCGUGUCUCCACCCGCUCACUUUAAAGGAGACUUCUUCAAAGAGAUUCAGAGUGGAUUAAUAGGUGUGGGCCUCAUAAACAUGGAGGACCGGUCUGGCACGAUGUCGCUGGACAAAGACUACAACAACAUGGGGAAGUUCCUCAACCGGAUCUUGGGCAUGGAGGUCCAGCAGCAGAACGCCUUGUUCCAGUACUUCUCCGACACGCUGGCAGCCGUCAUUCUGGAAGCCAAGAAGAGCGGCAGAUACGACAUGGGCAUUCUGGAUCUGGGCAACGGGGACGAGAAGGUGAAGAAAGUGGACUGCAGGAAGUUUCUAACGCCGGGCUACACCACGUCCGGACACGUGGAGCUCUACACCGUGAGUGUGGAGAGGGGGAUGUCCUGGGAGGAGGCCACGCAUGCCUGGGCCGAUCAGAGCGGACCAGACGACGGUUUCUAUGUUCAGAUGAGGAACAACAAGAAAACGGCCAUCCUGGUGAAGGAAGUGAACGCCAAGAAGAGGCUCUUCCUGGUGUACAGGCCCAACACCGGCAGGCAGGUCAAACUGGAGGUCUACGCAGACAUCAAGAAGAAGUUCAAAAAGGUGUUGUCCGAUGACGCCAAGCAGCACUGGAUGGAUCAGUACACGUCGUCGGCUCAGAUCUGCUCCCACGCUUACUGGCGAGGUAACUGCAAGAAGGCGUCGGUGGGGCUGCAGUGCGAGGUCGGCCUGCGCUGUCGGACCUACUACGUCCUGUGCGGCUCGGUGCUCAGCGUGUGGAACGAGCUGGAGGAGGUUCUCACUCCGGUCAGCGGAACCAACGUGAAGGUUCAGAUCGUCAGACUGAGAACGGAAGACGGGCAGAGGAUCGUCGGACUGAUCAUUCCAGCGAACUGCGUGUCUCCGCUGAGCAACAAGCUCUCCACGUCGGACCAGUGCCAGCAGCUCGCCGUGCAGGAGCUCCAGAAGCGCCAGCAGCUCCACCCGCAGAGCCUCUGUCACGCUCCCAGCACAUAGCCUGUGGGGGGGGGCGCCACGCUCAAAGCCCUCCUCGAGUUCACCUCCACGCGAGACCUCCUCCCCGGCGUCUCCUAAAUGUCGCUCUGAGCCGCCGGUCCUCAGACGCGUUGUACAGAGAAAAGAUUUCAGGGUUUUCUUCCUUCUCUUUUGUUUUUUUUAAAUCUCCAGAGACUCUUAUUUUUCACCUAGACGGGCGUUGAUGGGUGAUGUUUUUGUCCUCUGACAUUCAGAGUGGGAAGGUGUGUGACGUAUCGAUGGAGGCCCCCGGGGGGGCCCGUCGAGCUGUCGCCUCCUCUUAGCUGGUCAGCCCUGGACCGCCUGGUAUGAAGCAGAGACUUGUUCCUGGAUCAGACCAAAGGUGGAGGAGACGUCUUUUUGAAGUCUGAUCCCAAAAGUAAACAAACAAACAAAAACAGGCAUUUGAUGCUCCGCUACAAUUCCAUAUUUAUAUACAUCAGUUAGCGGCUCGGACGGGAUUCGGCACUCGUGCAGAGAGAUUCAGUUUGAAGUACGAACCUGAUCGGGAGCCAACAGGAGCCAUUUGUUUUCAUUUCAGGCUGGAUGAUUUUGUUCCUCUUAGUGACGUAGCUCUAAUAAUCCCACUCGCCGUCCUCAGAGUCCUCGUCACGUUCCCGCUGUUAUUGUUCCUCAUGUUGUUACUGGACAUUAAAGGAACAGUUCAACACAAAAUAUAAGUGCACACGUGUCACCUGCAGCUUUAUUCGUCAGUCUAGCUGGUUCUGCUGGGUCCUUCCAGGUGUUCCACAUGUCUGGCUUUAAUCUGACACGAUGGGACUAGAUGUUCUGCUCGGCGCUGCUCGCUUCUCUCCGGUCAGCCGACCCGUUGAGUUUGUGUUGGUGGAUUCCACCUUUGGUCUGACAGAUCUCCUGUGAUGUUGUGACGUGUAAUAUACAGUACAAGGACGUUUGUAUUUAGAUGUUUAUUCUAUGGACUUCUGCUCAGGGGUUUAGACUCUUACAAAGACCCUCUUUUGGAACACAAAUGGUUCACUAAGUAUCUGAAAACACGCAUGAACGGAACCCCAAAUGCUGCUUGGACGCCUGGUCGCUCCUCCGUGGUUAUCGUCUUGUUUGCGGUGAAGCGUCUCGCGCCCCGGCUGCUCCUCGUCCCACGUCGCUUUGACUUGAUCUGCACUGGAAGGGACGCGUCGUGAAGCUGUGGAUGAGCUCAUGUUGCCGACUGUUCCACGCGUUCACCAAACGAGUCUUUGUGUCAUACCAAUGUGCGUUUUGUACACUUUGUAAACGGAUGAAAACAAAAGAAACGUUAACAACGCAGGCCGCCGGAGGGACUUCACUGAUCUGCUCUUUAAUCAAGAAUUAUUUUUAACUUGAAUGUCCGCCAACAUCUUCUGUUUUUAUUUUGUCUUUCUGAGAUGUUAGAAAAGCGAGCUCCUGAAGCUAAAAACACUUGGACUUUUUUUUUUUUUUUUCUCCCAUCUUUGCACGAGUUGCACUACUGACCGAGUUGUACAAAUAUUCACCUGUACAUGAGUGUGGUGCUCAAUAAAGCUUGGUAUACUUCUA